GCUCCGGGGCCCGGACGGAAGCGGUGGGCGCGGCGGCGCACCGCGGGACGGGGAGCAGCGGGAGCGCGGCCCGCGUCCUGUCGCGGCCCCUGCGGGGUGUGUGGGAGCCGGGGCCGGCCGCGGGCGCUGCCUUGGCGGAGCGGAGCGGAGCGUGCGGCCGCGGUGCGAGCCCGGCGGGAGCUGCCCUGGUGCCCGAAGGCCUUCGGGGAGCCUGACUUGGGCCGUCCGAGCGGUGUUGGCGUCGUUCUGCUGGUAAUUGCUCUGUCCCGUCUUUCCCUGCCUCCGCAGCGUGCGGGCCCGGGGAAGAAGGGGUUCAGUUCCAUCGGGGUCAGCCAGCAUGGGGAGAUGCCGCCAGCCGCGGCGAGCAGCGUGACCGCCGCCUGCCUCACUGCCCGCUGGAAGGAGCGCAGGAAGAUGCGAGGUUUGCUCCCUUCGCCCAGCCGCUCCGACUGACUGCGCAGAGAGCUGUGCGCUGAAGGUGGGGUCCUGGCAGAAUGGGAGCGCUCACGUUCCUGGCGGCUUGCAGUUGGCUUCUGACUCUGGUGCGGGGACACAGCCUGUUCACCUGCGAGCCCAUCACUAUCGCCAGGUGCUCGGGAAUGCCUUACAACAUGACUUUUUUCCCCAACGUCAUGGGACACUACGAUCAGGACACGGCCGCGCUGCGGAUGGAGCCUUUUCUUACACUGAUGAACCUUCACUGCUCCCCAGACGUCCACACGUUUCUGUGCAAAGCCUUUGUCCCUGUCUGCCUGGAGCAGGUGAAUGUGAUUCUCCCUUGUCGAAGCCUCUGUGAGAAAGUCUAUUCUGACUGCAAGCAGCUGAUGGACACUUUUGGAAUCACUUGGCCUGAAGAGCUGGAAUGUAGCAGGCUGACAGACUGUGAUGAGACCGCUCCGGCCACCGCUGCUGUCACCGCAAACGUGCAUGGAGCUCUGAGGACCCCGGGCCAGACGCGAAGGGAUUAUGGCUUCUGGUGCCCACGACACCUGCACACCACCAACGGGCAAGGCCACAAGUUCCUGGGCAUCGAGCAGUGCGCACCCCCCUGCCCCAACAUGUACUUCAAACCCUACGAGUUGGAUGUCGCCAAGAGCUUCAUCGGCAUCGUGUCCAUCUUCUGCCUCUGUGCCACGCUCUUCACCUUCCUGACCUUCCUGAUCGAUGUCAAACGGUUCAGGUACCCGGAGAGGCCAAUCAUCUACUACUCUGUCUGCUACAGCAUAGUCUCCCUCAUGUACUUCAUUGGCUUCUUGCUGGGGAACAGGACUGCCUGUAACGAGGCGGACGAGAAGUUAGAAAGGGGAGAAACAGUCGUCCUGGGCUCGCAGAACAAAGCCUGCACUGUCCUCUUCAUGGCUCUCUAUUUCUUCACCAUGGCAGGCACGAUCUGGUGGGUGAUUCUUACCAUCACUUGGUUCCUGGCAGCGGGGAGGAAGUGGAGCUGCGAGGCCAUUGCGCAGAAGGCCAUGUGGUUCCACGCGGUGGCCUGGGGCACCCCUGGCUUUCUGACCAUCCUGCUGCUCGCAAUGAACAAAGUGGAAGGGGACAAUAUCAGUGGCGUUUGCUUCGUGGGGCUCUACGAUGUGGAUGCCUCCCUCUACUUUGUGCUCCUGCCCCUCUGCCUUUGUGUGGUUUUGGGUCUCUCCCUGCUUUUAGCUGGCAUUAUCUCUCUGAACCACGUCAGGCAGGUCAUACAGCACGACGGCAGGAACCAGGAGAAGCUAAAGAAGUUCAUGAUCCGCAUUGGAGUUUUCAGUGGUUUGUACCUGGUGCCGCUGGUGGCACUUCUUGGGUGUUAUGGCUAUGAACUGGUGAACAGGAAAAUCUGGGAAACCACUUGGGUGUUCGACCACUGUGACCAGUACCACAUCCCCUGUCCCUAUCAGGCAAAAGCGCUGGCAAGACCAGAGAUAUUCUUGUUUCUGAUGAAAUAUUUGCUGACGUUAAUUGUUGGCAUCUCUCCAGUCUUCUGGGUGGGAAGUAAAAAGACUUGCUCUGAGUGGGCCAAUUUCUUCAACAGGAACCGCAAAAGAGACCCAAUCAGUGAGAGCCGAAGAGUGCUGCAGGAGUCCUGUGAAUUCUUCCUGAGGCACAAUUCCAAAGUCAAACACAAAAAGAAGCACUACAAAUCACCCUCACGCAGGCUGAAAGUCAUCUCCAAGUCAAUGGGGACGAGUACAGGGGGCACAGCAAACCAUGGAACUUCUGCAGUGGCCAUCACUAAUCAUGAUUAUCUCAGCCAAGAAACUGUGGCAGAAAUUAAAACCUCUCCAGAGACAUCUGAGAAAGAGAUGGAGGCAGAUGGAACAUCAGCCCGGAGAGUGGAGGAAGGAGAAACCAGCGGAGAUCAAAUGCUGCCUGCUUCUAAAGGGACUGUGGAUCAGGUGGAGAAGAGGAACAAAGCAGACAGCCCAUGUGAGAUGAGUAGCCUGGCUGAGAGCAUGAAGAGAGUGGGUGAGGGAAGAACAACUCCUAAAGCCGAUUUCAUUGAGUCUCCUUCGUUCCAAAGCAGCUGUUCCCAAACCCCUGAGGUCUCCCAGGCAGCCUCUCUACCAUUGCUUGUCUACUCUGCUUCAGACACCAGGAGAGAGUUGGAUUCAGGAAACAGUUCAAACCUUUGAAAGGUGGACAUUUUUGGUGCCUAAGGCUGGUAGGGAUUCUGUGUCCCACAGGAUAUUCUGUGCCUUAUGAAAUUACAUAUCUUGCUUUGCACUUAAGGAAUGUAAGUUUGGUCUCUAAGUACUGUAUUGUAAUCCUAACCCAGGAAUCAUGGAAGUUAAAGCAGGACACAGCAGCAACUGAGGAAAAAGGUGAGAGAAGCAAAUAUUAUUCCAAAUAUAAAGACCACUUCCUGGUGAAUUGCAUUAAAAUAAUGCUUAGAAAGCACUGCUACUUUUCAAGGCAUAAAAGUUCCAUUUUUAAACUAUUUGUUGGAGGAAAAGAAUUUAUCUUUUACAUUUUUAUUCUCUCUCUUUUUUUUUACUGUCUUAAAGAGCAGUAUCACUUAAAUAAGGGAUCCAGAAAUGUAGAGUUCUAAAUGAUGUGUGGUGAGGUAUGGGUUAUAGCACUGUCUUUGGGUAGCUUGUACACUGAGUGUGAAAGGGAAGGUGGAGUUCCACUGAUGUAUCUGGUACACAGAAGUGGGUUUUGUAAAUAGCUGACUGCAUCAGGUCAGUAUUUAGAACUGCUGUGGUGUAUGCACUGUGCCACCCCAGGAGAGUUACCCUGCUUGCAUUAAGGUUGUUACUAAACCAGGCUGGCCUGUAGUGAUCUGACAGUCGACAGAAUCACAGGUUGGAUGAGACUUGCAAGAUCAUCCAGACCAACCUUCCACCCAGCACUGAAGGGUCACCACUAAACCAUGUCUCUAAGCACCAGGUCCACACAGUGCUUGAACAGGGGUGGUGACUCCAGCACUGCCCUGGGCAGACCAUUCCAAUGUUUGAGAACCUGUUCAGUGAAGAAGUAUUUCCUAGCAUCCAGCCUGAACCUCUCCUGCUGCAGCUUGGAACUAGCUCCUCUUGUCCUGUUGUUUGACACCAAGGAGCAGAGGCUGCCCCUCCCCACUCCUGCCUCCCUUCAGGGAGCUGUGGAGAGCUAUGAGGUCUCCUCUCAGCCUCCUCCAGACUGACUGCCCCUGGCUUCCUCAGCCCCUCGUCGUAGGGCAGGUGCUCCGGGCCCUCCAUGAGCCUCCUUGCCUUUGUCUGGACACACUCCAGCACCUCAGUAUCCUUCCUACAGUGAGUGGCCUUUGUCACUUAGUUCUGAGUAAAGCAGAUUAUCCCUUUCUGUGUAGCCUGCACCAUGCACUCUGCAUUUUGGGGCAAGACUGCUCAGGCAUCUGUGCACCUUGGUGCAGGGAUAAUGUGUUAGAUGCAGCACUGCUUCAGAAAGAUGCUUCCUGGAGCCCCUCCUGCUGUGCUGUUCCAGUGCAUUGUGCCAAAGAUGGAAGCACUUCAUACCACUGGUGGCUUUGGGGGCACAACCUGUGUUUUGUACUGAGCUGCAGGGAGGUUGUUUCACCUUCUAUGCAAGUAACCAAUUAUCUAAACUGUAGGGAAAUCUCUUGCAGAAGAUAAACUGCUGAAUUAUUCUUAAGCAAGCCUAUGCAUUAAGAUGUUAGUUAAAAAAAGGCCUUCAUACUUUUUCUACCAAGCUUAAAUUUCUAUAUGCUGCAGCAAACUAUGUUCUUUGAAUCCAAAAAAGGCCUUAGUACAGGUGGGUGGCUCUCAGGAGUAAAUACUACUGACAAUGGUUAAAGAUUUCAGUCUUUGGCUGGUAACAAAUCCUGGCUCCAGUGAAGUCAAUGUCCUCUGUUACUUGAGGUAACCAAGCCAGGAUUUGGCUGUUUCCUAAAGCUAUGCAUUUUGUCAAACUGUCAGCAUCUUGCAUGUGAUCACUGAGAGAGGAUUUCUCACUAUUGGGAUAGCUAUGCAGAGAAAUUGUUGUUUUCCAGCUGGGACAGCAUUCAUGGUAGUGCUUUGAGCAACCAAGCACAACUGCGUGGCGCAAAGGUCAGGUAAAUGCUGAACCAGCAGGGACUGCAGAGAAACCAAAGUUAUUUAGGAUCAUCUUUUUCAUCCUCUUCCUUGCCUUGGAGGCUGCACUUAGAGAAUCAUAGAAUGGGCUGGGUUGGAAGGGACCUCUGAAGGUGAUCUAGUCCAGCCCCCUCUGCACUCAGCAGGGACAUCCUCCACUAGACCAGGUUGCCCAGAGCCCUGUCGAGCCUCACCUUGGAUAUCUCCAGGGAUGGAGCCCCAACCACCACCCUGGGCAACCUGUUGCUGUCUUCCACUGCCCUCGUGGUGCAGAACUUGUUUCCUCUCAUCCAGUGUUUUAUCUACCAUGUCUUAGAAAUGGAGUGCAUUUACCUUUAUGUUACAGCAUCUGGAUGUCAGCAUUUGUAGUGGAUUGCCUUCAGCAGAACAUGCUGCUUCUGUUCCAGUUUCCUCAGUAAAGAUAUGCAGAGCUCUUGCUGCUGAGGACAGUGAGAGGAUGUGCAUUUCUCACAGGAGGCUUUGAGGUCUUGGGAGCCACUAUGCACACGUUCAGCAGCUUUGUUAUUGCUGUUAUUGUUAGUAAUAAACCACACUAUUGUGUAGUAAGAGCCUCUUGAGUUCCUGUUUCUUACUAACCAGAUGGAGCAUGUUUGUUGCUCUGUCGCUGCUGUGUUUUUGCAGCUGAACACUUGAAUGUUUCUUUUUGUUGUUUGAUUUUGGUUUGGUUUUGUGUUGUUUUUUUCCUUAGAGCUGUGUGAGGGAAUAAGCAUUGCAAUGCUUUUAUCCCUCCUGUAUAAGUGAGAAACUAAGACAAAACAAUGCUGGGAAUUGUUGACAUGGACACAGAGUUGUGGAGGGGUGAGAAGCUGCACCAGUUCUUUAGCCUAACAUUUAGAGCAUUCUUUCUUUCAUGACUUCUGGUGAAAGACCUCCUUUGGAUCACACAGACUCUGUACUUGCACAAGCUGUAGCAUCACAGUGUUUUCCUUGGCAGCUGUUAAUUGAUUUACAGAGAGUCACAGAAUCAACCAGGUUGGAGGAGGUCUCCAAGCUCAUCCAGCCCAACCUAGCACCCAGCCCUGGCCAAUCAACCAGACCAUGGCACUAAGUGCCCCAGCCAGGCUUGGCUUCAUCACCUCCAGGCACAGUGACUCCACCACCUCCCUGGGCAGCCCAUUCCAAUGCCAAUCAUUCUCUCUGCCAACAACUUCCUCCUAACACACAGCCUAGACCUGCCCUGGUACAGCUUGAGGCUGUGUCCCCUUCUUCUGUUGCUGGGUGCCUGGCAGCAGAGCCCAACCCCAGCUGGCUACAGCCUCCCUGCAGGCAGCUGCAGACAGCAAUGAGCUCUGCCCUGAGCCUGCUCUACUGCAGGCUGCACCCCCCCAGCUCCCUCAGCCUCUCCUCAUAGCUGCAGGUCCUUUAGCCUUGGUUUAAAGGCAGUCAGAUCCAGUUGAAUUUCAGAAGAAAAAAAAGAUAAAUAAAGAAAAAGCAACCAACCGACCCAAACCCAACAACAAAAAGCUCCAUGAGCAUUUGAAAGGUUUGAAGCCCUUUAGGAGGAACAUGUUUAGCCUUCUGCAAAGCACCCAAGAAUGCCGGAGCUGAGCAGCAGGAGGAGCCGCGUUUCCCUUUGAAGUCUGACCACCCGGUCUCAACGGUGCACAUCAAAGGAGAAGGCUGCAGCCCUCCCUCCACACUGGCCACUCGUGGAAGCAGUCUCUGAAGGUAUCUCGCAGCUCUGCUUGGCUGCCUUCGCUGCUGGAGAGCGCCGCUGGCAUUAACCGCUGGUAUUUGCAGUAACUCGGAUGGCUGGCACCGAAGGGACUUCAGAGUCUCACCUGGAAAGAAAUGGUAUUUCCUCUGCCUGCCUUUCUUCUGCACUUAUUCUUCCACUCUUGCUUUUGUGCCUUAGCAGACUCUAUUUUUCCUCUAAUUGAACUAGAGUUUAUCAUUGAAACAAAAAAAACCAUUGAGCAACUGCUACCACACCUUCAUGAGCUGUCUGCUUUGGCUCUCUGGAAGCAAAGCUCGGGGUGCCUUUCUGAUGUGCAGCUGUGAAAUCCACUUCUGUGUAUUUAACCAGGUUUUAAUUCCUAUUUAAAAGCACUUGAGAUGCAAAGUGUAAUUAAAAGAUUAAAAACGUGCCUGGGCACUUUAGAUCUGA